AUGAACGUCAUCUUGUCCACAGGUACAUUUUGUAGCCUCGCAACUCUUAAACCUUUACUCAUUUCUGCCAGCCAUGCCCACGAAGAAGAUCUACCGGGAACUGUAAACCUUCGAGCCCUCGAAGGCGACGACACAGCCUACGGACAAGCUCUUUAUCCAGUACCCAGCGAAGACCCCAACGACCCCCUCCAAUGGUCCAAGCCCAAGAAAACAAUGAUCUUGAUUAUUGUUUCUUUCUACUCGUUCCUUGGGAACAGUGCUCUUGUGGGACCUUCUGUUUACUUGGAGAUCUAUAGUAAGGAGUUUGGAAUUUCUGUUACUGAAGCUUCGGGGUUGGUGUCUUAUCCUAAUUUAGUAUUUGGUUUUGGUUCUUUGCUGCUCGUUCCUGCUUACUUGAAGUUUGGUCGACGUCCGAUUCUGCUUCUUUCUUUGCUCAUGUUUGUGUUUGGCCUACUUGGAGCUUCGCAAGCUACUUCCUAUGGCGGUCUCAUGGCUGCUCGCAUCAUUCAUGCUUUGGGCUCUGGUGUCUGCGAAGCACUUCCUGUUCAGCUUGUCAACGACAUUUUCUUCCUCCACGAGCGCGGCAAAAGACUGGGCUAUUAUACUGUGUGUUUAUGCUGGGGAAGCACAGGACCACUUUACGCCGGAUACAUGCUUGCGGCUGGGUACUCUUGGAGACUUUACUUCUAUGUCGAAUUUGCCUUUGCAUGCGCUCUUCUGAUCCUUGCCUUCAUCUUCGUCGAGGAGUCAUCAUAUAAGCGCGUUGUCGCUCCGACUACAACACCAGAAGGCAUUGAGAAAGAGAAGGGACACAUUGAACACGUUGAAGUGUUGACGGUGGCGCCGCCCAGAAAGUCAUGGUUGCAAACACUCAAACCAUGGAGUGGUAUUGAUCACGAAGCAGAGUUCUUCAUGACUAUGCUGCGGUCUUUCAGUUACUUUUUAGUUCCUUCUGUGAUGUGGGUAGUGACCAGUUUCGGCAUCUACAUCGGCCUCGGUGCUCUCACCUUCAACUACACCUUCCCCAUCAAGAUCGUGGCGCCUCCUUACAGUUGGAACCCGUCAAACAGCGGCCUCAUCGCACUAGGCAACAUAAUCGGCUACGGCCUUGCCCUCCCCUUCGCCUCCUCCUCAGACCGCAUCGCAGCCUGGCUAACCAAACGCAACAACUCCAUCCGCGAAGCCGAAAUGCGCCUCUGGGUCCUCCUCCCCGUGUGCCUCAUCGCCCCCGCCGGUCUAAUCCUCUACGGCUUCACCGCCGCCAACAACCUGCACUGGAUCGGCUACUUUGCUGGCGUCUCCAUGACAGAUUUCACCUCCUACUUUUACUUUUCCUUUGUUUUAGCCUACGCGGUGGACUCCAUGACGUCCAAUACUGCGGAAAUGUUGAUAGCCAUGAAUUUAGGCAAACAGGCUAUUUCCUUUGGAAUGGGGAUUUAUCUGCUAGAGUGGAUAUUGAAACAUGGUUAUAAGAAGAUUAUUGCGGGCGCUUUUUGUGCGGUGUUGGCGGGGAACAAUCUUGCGGUGCUGGUGUUUUUGCCUUGGGGCAAGGGGAUUAGGAGGGCGUUGAGGGAUAGUUGGUUGGGGAGGUUGCAUACGAAGACUAGUAAGGGGGUGGAAGUCGCUUGA